AUGGUAAGAGAUAUUAAUCAUGAAGAUAUGCUAGACUUUAAAAACUGGUGGCCUCAUUAUUUAAAAAAAAUCUGUACAAGUACGCCUCCUACUGGAUCAACCGUCAAAGUACCUUUUACUAUUAACAGUUUUUGUGUCAACAAAUUUAAAUUGAGUAAGGUUGACGACGUGCCUCUACCUAGUACAAGGGCAUAUAUAGGAAGACUCCAAAUAAAAAAGAAAAAGAUUGAAGAUGCUUCAAAAAUUUUGCAAUACAUACCUGAAGACUUUCUUCCAUUCUUCGAAGAAAAACUCACCUGGCCCACUGUAGAAGGUGAUGGUGACGAGGAAGAUUGA